CUGCGGGGGCCCGAAGGGGAAGAAGAAGAACGGAAGGAACAGAGGGAGCAAAGCCAACAACCCCCCGUAUCUGCCCCCCGAGGCUGAAGAUGGAAACAUCGAAUAUAAACUGAAGCUGGUGAAUCCAUCCCAGUACCGCUUUGAGCACCUGGUGACACAGAUGAAGUGGCGGCUCCAGGAGGGCCGCGGUGAGGCAGUCUACCAGAUUGGGGUGGAGGACAAUGGGCUGCUGGUGGGGCUGGCUGAGGAGGAGAUGCGGGCCUCCCUCAAGACCCUGCACCGGAUGGCAGAGAAGGUUGGGGCAGACAUCACUGUUCUCCGGGAGCGAGAAGUGGAUUAUGACAGCGACAUGCCCCGGAAGAUCACUGAGGUGCUGGUACGAAAGGUCCCUGACAACCAGCAGUUUCUGGACCUUCGUGUGGCUGUCCUGGGGAAUGUGGACUCUGGGAAGUCAACUCUGCUUGGAGUCCUGACCCAAGGAGAGCUGGACAAUGGGCGCGGCCGGGCGCGGCUCAAUCUUUUCCGCCACCUGCAUGAGAUUCAGUCUGGCCGAACCUCCAGCAUCAGCUUCGAGAUCCUGGGCUUUAACAGCAAGGGAGAGGUGGUGAAUUACAGUGACUCACGGACCGCAGAAGAGAUCUGUGAGAGCAGCUCCAAGAUGAUCACCUUCAUCGACCUGGCCGGCCACCACAAGUACCUACACACCACCAUCUUUGGCCUCACCUCUUACUGCCCUGACUGUGCCCUGCUCCUCGUCAGUGCUAACACUGGGAUCGCCGGAACAACAAGGGAACAUCUGGGGUUGGCCCUGGCCCUGAAAGUGCCCUUCUUCAUCGUGGUCAGCAAGGUGGACCUGUGUGCCAAGACCACAGUGGAGAGGACCGUACGCCAGCUAGAGCGGGUCCUCAAGCAGCCUGGCUGCCACAAAGUCCCCAUGCUGGUCGUCUCUGAAGAUGAUGCUGUCACUGCUGCCCAGCAGUUUGCCCAGUCACCCAACGUCACCCCUAUCUUCACACUGUCCAGCGUGUCUGGAGAGAGUCUGGACCUGCUCAAAGUCUUUCUGAAUAUCCUGCCACCGCUCACGAACAGCAAAGAGCAGGAGGAACUCAUGCAGCAGCUGACAGAGUUUCAGGUGGAUGAAAUCUACACAGUACCAGAAGUGGGGACAGUUGUUGGAGGGACACUUUCCAGUGGGAUUUGCCGUGAGGGCGACCAGCUGGUGGUGGGCCCCACGGACGAUGGCUGCUUCCUGGAGCUGAGAGUAUGCAGCAUCCAGCGCAACCGCUCUGCCUGUCGUGUGCUGCGAGCUGGUCAGGCUGCUACACUGGCUCUCGGGGACUUUGACCGUGCGCUUCUUCGCAAGGGCAUGGUGAUGGUGAGCCCCGAGAUGAAUCCCACCAUCUGCUCAGUGUUCGAGGCAGAAAUAGUCCUACUGUUCCAUGCCACCACAUUCCGGCGAGGCUUCCAGGUGACAGUACAUGUGGGCAAUGUCCGUCAGACAGCAGUGGUGGAAAAGAUCCAUGCCAAGGACAAGCUGCGGACCGGGGAGAAGGCAGUGGUACGUUUCCGCUUCCUGAAACACCCAGAGUACCUGAAGGUGGGUGCCAAGCUGCUGUUCCGGGAGGGUGUCACCAAGGGCAUCGGCCAUGUCACUGAUGUGCAAGCCAUUGCAGCAGGAGAAGCCCAGGCCAACGUAGGCUUCUGAACCUCCUCCAGGCAGGCACAGCUCUAUUGCUGUCCCUACAAUAUAUAAGGUGACUCUGGCCAUGCUGCCCCCUGUUGGCGGCUCUGUGUGUUAAUAGGCUAGGGAGAGGGGUGCUCCCUGCCACCAUUCUGGAGAGGUGCCAAGCUUGGUGUGGCCAGGGAGGGGAAGCCCUGAGGGAGAAGACAGGAGAAUUCAGGGCUGUGCUCAGCAGCUGUGUCCAUCAACCCUGAAAACCCCAUGGCCUGUCUACGGAGUGAGCUGACCGCCGCCACCUUGGCCCCAUUGUCAGGACUGGGCAUGAUUCACCGAUGUGGCCCCUGCACUUCAGGAAUUGUCACAACUGGGAGUGGUCCUCGAGAGCACUCCUUUUUUUAUACCUCUUCUGAAGACCAUGUAAGUUGCCCAUCUCUACCUGACUGUGGACAGAAGACAUCUGCUCCUGGCCAUCUGGUGGCCCAGGGUCUGAAGAAAUGUCAUAGGGACAGUGGAUGGCAAUGCUCUCAUCCUGUGCUGAGACAUGUGGCCCUUAUCUUCUUCACUCAAGGGCCACUUCCCUAGUUUCUCCUCUCAUAGGCCCCACAGGUGCUAUUUGUUGUGCUGGCCCAGGCGUGGGGCUACCAAGCUAAGGCUUGGCAUACCGAAGGUCAGCUGCAUGUCAAUCAGUUUUGUCCCCUCCUCUGCAGUGAUCUGUUGGUUUUAAUUUUUUUUCAAUUGAUUUUAGAGAGAGGAAGGGAGAGAGAGAAACAUCGAUUUGUUGUUCCACUU